AUGAACAUAGGAUUUCUAAAGGGAUUCCUUUCAUACAAUAUAUUUAAUUUAAUUUCUCAGAAUUCUUUUUAAAAGACAGAAGAUUUGUUGAUAGACUUUAAUUAGUAUUCAAUCGGCAUCCAAAUUUAAAAUCUUUAUUAAAAUUUUAUCGAAAACAGUUUUUAUUAGUUGGCCUGUUUAUUGGUUGUGUUUUCAAUUUUACUUUUAAGUUACUUGCUAAAAUCUUAAUCGGGAUCUUUAAUUAGACUAUAUGAGUACAUGAAUAUAAAUGGAAUAAUAAGAUAUUUUAUGAUAACUUCUAAUUUUAUUUUGUUGUACUCAUUCUAUUCUAUAAAGCUAUCAAACUACACUAUUUAGGGAAAUGUGUAUUUUAUUGCUUUUUUUGGUUUUAUAUACUUUACCAUUUAAAUCUAUUGCUUUUAUGGAUUAUCUUUUAGCAAUUUUGCCAACUAUACAAACAAAUAUCAAGUAUUAUAAGAAGGUAUAAUCUAGCACUAAACUUUUUCUAAGCUUUUUUGGACCAUCUUUGAAAUAAGAAAAAUAGUAUGUACAGCUUGUAUUGUAUUUUCGAAUGAAUUUGAAUAUUGUGGAGUAAUUAUGGCUGGGUCUAGUAUAUUAUUUUUGAUUUAUAAUUUUAUUGCAAAACCAAUUACAAAGAAAUGUGAUCAGAUUGUUAUAUUUUUUUCAGAAGCUGUUUGCAUAGGUCUUUUUAUUAUAUUUAGUUUGAUAAGCAAUAGGAAUAACUGGAAAAUAAGCAAUUAGAUAGCAACAAAUCUAGCAAUAACUUUUAUAAUGCUAUCUCUCAGUUUAAGCGUCAUCUUUAUAUUACUAUUUUUUAUAAAUACCUAUUAAUCUUUUUAGGCUUAUCGUACAAACAGAAAUCGUUAAAGUAUAAUUUAGAGAGAUAAAUUACCUGUUAUAUAAUAAUUUAAAAAAUUUAAUUCAUUUAAAGAAAUAGAGUUGGCUUUAACUCUUAAUUUAAAUAAUUCGAAAUUCUCUGCUUAUAAAUUUACUAAAAAGCAAUUUUGA